AUGACUGCGGAGCCGCACACGCGUUCUGAUGUGCAUCACCACGACGACCAGGGUCAUGGUGCGGUGCUCUUCAACAAUGGGAAGGAGAGGGUGAACAUCAAUCCCGGGGAUUUCGCCCUUAACCCCGCCGGUGUAGAACAUCAAGAACUCAACGACGGUGAGGAACAGGUUGUUUGGCUUGUCGUACGCUCGGGCAGCGCGCCCAAGGUCGUCAACCUGGACGGGUGUAACGGGAAUGAGAAGAAAUAA